AUGGGUGAUAAUGAAGGAUGGUGUACAAUAGAAAGUGACCCAGGAGUUUUUACAGAGCUUAUUGAUAAAAUUGGUGUUAAAGAUAUUCAAGUUGAAGAAAUAUAUUCCUUAGAUUCAUCCGAAUAUGAUAGAUUAAAACCAGUAUUAGGUUUAAUUUUCUUAUUCAAAUGGGAAAAAGAUGAUGAUAAUAGACAAAUUUCAGAUAAUCAAGAUUUAUUUUUUGCCAAUCAAGUAAUUCAAAAUGCAUGUGCUACUCAAGCUAUUUUAUCAGUUUUAUUAAAUGCCGAAGGUAUUGAACUUGGUGAAGAGUUAUCAAACUUUAAGCAAUUUGUUGGAGAUUUCCCACCAAUGAUGAAAGGUGAAGCCAUUGGUAAUAGUGAUUUAAUUAAAACAACACAUAAUAGUUUUACAGUACAAGAUCCAUUUAUAUUUUCAAAAUCUAAAAGCAAAAAACCACAAGAUGCAUUUCAUUUCAUUUCAUUUAUACCAUUUCAAGGAAAAGUUUAUGAAUUGGAUGGCUUAAAAGAAGGUCCAUAUUGUUUAGGCGACUGCACACCAGAGAAUUGGUUAGAGGUUGCAACACCAUUUAUUCAAAAGAGAAUAGAAAAGUAUAGUCAAGGUGAAAUUAGAUUCAAUUUAAUGGCAGUUAUAAAAAAUAGACAAACUACAUUAAAGGAAAAGAUUUCAGAAUUGGAAAAGAAAAAAGAGAUUAUUGAAAAAAAACUAUCAACCAUUGAAUUACCAAACUCAAAAGAUGAGUUAGAUCAAUUAUUAAUGGAUAUUAAUGAAAACAUUCAAGACUAUAACAAUGAUAUUUUAAUGGAACAAGAGAAAUUUAGAAAUUGGAAAGAUGAAAAUAUAAGAAGAAAACAUAACUUUACCCCAUUCAUUUUAAAUCUUGUUAAAGCUUUAGCUGAAAAAGAACAAUUACAACCUUUAAUUCAAAAAACAAAAGAUCAAAUAAAUCAAAGACAACAACAACAACAACAACAAAAAAAAUAA